AUUCGACCGUCAUUCGAAACCACCGAGUCACCAGGGUCUCGACUGUUUCGAUCGAACUCUGUGCGCUCGCGGCCGAGUCUUCCGUCUUUCCGCGUCUAUCCAAGCGAGCGAUGCACCGGACACCUUCGACCUCGAGUCUCCACGUUUUUUGCCUGUUAUCAACGCUGACGAUCGUGAUCGCGAAUAACAUUGGCGAACUUACGAAGAAUGCGAGUACGACGGCCGUUGACGACGAAACGAAAGCGGAAGCCAGAACGAAGGGAGAGACGCUUGUUGGCGUGGAACCAUCGACAAGGAGCGCCGAGUGGAGUAACAGAGGUCCGUUCGUACGAGGCAUUGACAGUUACUUGGAGGCGUUGAGACACUCUCGAACCAGCACGGAUCCUCGCGAAGGAGUCGUGGAUGCUGCGGGUGGCUCUUCUAUUCAACGAAGAAAGGAGCAGCCCUUCGCGGCGAAACGAUCCGAGCUGUCCGUUCAAACCAGCUCGGACUCGUACUCGAUGGUACCGAGCGACUCGUAUUCGUUGCCGACACGACCGUACAGCGACUUUUCCGGAUUGAGGAACUCUUACGGCCCACCUCAUCAAACGCAGCCACCCCGUGGAACGUACGGGCCACCUUACAACGAUCAUUCUCCCUAUGGAGGAGAGUACGCGUCUGCCGGUGUGUAUUCGCAGCCGCAGCCGCAGCCAGGUGAGACACGAGCUUACGGAGUUCCACAUGUUGCUUAUGGAGCACCACAUGGAAUAACCGAAUCGGUGCAUCUUGGUUUUCCAUCGAUCGACUUCUCCUGGCCGUUCGCGCUCAAACUGAACGCCUUCACUUUGGCCAAGAUUCUCUUGAAGCUGGUUCUUUUCAAGAUGAUAGUCAAGUUCAUUGCCGUUAUCUGUCUGUUGCUUUUCAUUCCGAAAUUGGAGAUUAAAAAGACGAUUAAGAAGGUGAACGUGCAGAACAACGCGCAAGACGACGAUGACGACGAGGAUGAAGGACGUGGCUUGCAAAAUGCUAAUUGGAAGAUAUGGGAUGGGCUGAACCUCCUGACCUUGGUGGUGAACGAAGCGUUGAGGCAGCACGAAGCAACGAACGGUUCUCGUUCCAGCAAAUGUUCGACUCUCGAGUGCCAAGUUCGAGGAGCGUUUGAGAACGACCAAUCGUGGCCCGAUUACGAGCAAUUGCUGCAGAAUUAUAUCAUGGAGGAGACGCGACGACAUCGAAUAAAGUCUUAGCGUCACCUGUGUACAGCCGAUUCAUCGAUAUCCGUGGAAAUUUUUCCGAAUCGAUCGCCACCGAAGUGAUUCAUCCGCGAUCACAUUGCUCGCUCGCGUAUUUAUGCGUUUAUACUUAGCUAGUACGUGUACACUCCCGCUCGAAACUCUUUCUUACCUUGACUAAUUAUAUUCAUAAUAUUUCUAUUUAUUGUAGAUAAAUUUGUAGAGAAAUAAAAUUUCUCAUUUACGAUUGUUAACUGCUUAGGCUUAAAUUAAAUAAAGGCUAGAAAGAAAGUGUUGUUCGUAUCAAGUUCGAAUUUAUUAAAAAUCUGUAGGCCGUGUUUCUAAAGAUCAGAUUGUCAGAUUGUGGAGAAGAAGUUGACCUUGUUACUCAUUUUGUUGCAUAUUCCAGUCACUGGCUAUUUUUGCUACAGCUACGUUUCAGUCGUGUUUAAAAUACUCGUGGAAAUAAAAAAACGCCAACUGCAUUGUGAUAAUCAAUGUGUCAACGUUUUCACAUUGUUGUGCAGAUAAAUUUCUUGGUUAACGAUUUAAUUUUCAAAAUAAAUGUAUAAUAAUGCUUGUUUCAGGAUUUCUGAACGAGAGUGUUACAUUUUUCUUUCAAAAUAUUUAUAAGAAUAAAUCAUCGUGACAAUCGACGUGUCGAUACAUUAAUAUUAAUGCUUCGCAGAUUCUUUGAAAUAAACAGAUAUAAUGAUAGAAUUUCUGAACGUGUAUUUGUAUAAGAAUAGAUCGUGUUUAAUACAUUCUUCAUUA